AUGGUGCCGGGGAAGCAUCUUCGCAUCAACGCCAGCAAGACGGAGCUGGUGAUUGACUUCAGCAAGAAGUCACCCCAUAUUACACCAGUGAACAUCCAGGGUUUGGACACUGAAAUAGUGGAGGAGUACAAAUACCUGGGUGUUCACCUCAAUAACAAACUGGAUUGCGACAAAAAGAAGUUCACUACCUGGAGGAAGCUGUGGAUUUAUCUCGCCAAAGCUGAGAAGCGGAUGGAGCAGAUACCAGACAAGGUCACAGAUGUACGAGGAGUGAGAAUGCCACAUUCUUGUGGGAGCAAGAUAGCCAGGAUAAUCUUUGUUUUCGUAAAGCCCGUUUUAAGGCCUGCCCAGUUGACCACAGUGGGGAAGCGAGCGUGUCUGUGGCUGCAGGAUUUGGUGAUGGAUGUGAGGAACCUGGAGCGAGCUCGCGAUGAUCUUCAUUUCCGUGGAGUCAAGGGGACCACAGGCACCCAGGCCAGCUUCCUGCAGCUCUUUCAGGGGGAACAUGACAAGGUGGAAGAGCUUGACAAGAUGGUGACAGAGAUGGCUGGCUUUAAGAAAGCCUACCUGGUGACUGGACAGACGUACAAUUGUAAAGUGGACAUAGACUGCCUGUCUGCGCUCGCUGGUUUGGGAGCUUCUGUGCACAAGAUCUGCACAGACAUCCACCUGCUGGCCAGCCUAAAAGAGAUUGAGGAACCUUUUGAGAAGGAGCAGAUUGGUUCCAGUGCUAUGCCCUACAAGAGGAACCCCAUGCGUGCCGAACGCUGCUGUAGCUUGGCCCGACAUCUGAUUGCGUUGAUGGCCGACCCCCUGCAGACUGCCUCAGUCCAGUGGCUGGAGAGGACACUGGAUGACAGCGCCAACAGGAGGAUCUCCCUGCCCGAGUCCUUCCUGACAGCAGACAUCAUCCUCAGCACGCUGCAGAACAUCACAGAGGGUCUUGUGGUCUACCCCAAAGUCAUCGAGAGACACAUCCGCCACGAGCUGCCCUUCAUGGCCACAGAGAACAUUAUUAUGGCGAUAGUGAAGGCAGGAGGCAACAGACAGGAGUGCCACGAGAAAAUCCGUGUUCUAUCCCAAGAGGCAGCAGCUGUGGUUAAACAGGAAGGUGGAGACAAUGACCUACUGGCCAGAAUCCAGCGAGACCCCUACUUUGCACCCAUUCUAGGGCAGCUGGAUGCUUUGCUGGACCCCAAGACCUUUAUUGGGCGUGCUCCACAGCAGGUGAAAACGUUCCUGGCUGAAGAAGUACGCCCCCUACUGGAGCCGUAUAAGGCCAAUAUGGACGUCAAGGUUGAGCUUGUGCUUUAAAACAUCAGUGAUGUCUUAAGCUGGUUUUAUGGUCGAGCAGAGUUUGCUGUCCACUCCACUCUAGGGACUGACCUUCGGUCUGCCUGGAGUGAGCUCUGUUGUCAGAUGGAGGCAGUGCACAAAGUGUGUGGUACAACCAGUGUGUGGACCGCUCUUGCUUGUACUGUUGUUGGUCAACCAGCCACGAUGGAGAGUGAAGUUAUAGCAGAUGAGAUGAAGAGAGACCGAUGAAAACAGUAAAAUGGGGGGGCGCUAUCCAUAACAUGAAAUUUCAAGUUAUGUAUUUCAAAAUUUCAAACUGAGCUAAAAUUUAGUCAUGGCUCUGCCAAUCAGGAAGCUCUGUGAAGGUACGUUUUUUGUUUUUUGUUUGUUUGUUUUGCUUUUUGUUACCAGGAAGAAGAAGGUGGAAAGCAUCAGCUGCACAAUACUCCAGCUGCUGGUCAUUAAUGAGCAAACAACUGUGUAUUUUCACACUGGAUUUACAACUGUGACACAAUCUUGUGUUACUAAAAGAAUCACAUGACAUUAUCAGCACAACAGUAAUUUGUUCUUGUUGACUAUAUAUAUUGCAAUAGCACCAGUUGGCUAUCAACCUGCCGGUGCCUGAGUUAGGGUGUUUCAUUUGUCAUUGACGCAGUAUUAUUGUUUGCUUGAAAUAAUAAAACAUGAAUGAUAAAA